GUCAUCCUCAGCCCCUCGAGGAGAAGAGAAAUAUGAACCCCGUUAACCUAAUCAUCAUUUUCGCAAGGUUUCUUCUUCUAGCACCACAUCUCAAGGUAUCAGCAUGGCGAGCACUGUAACGGCCUCCACCUCUUCUCUGUCUUCUCUCUUCACCAAACUCUCAACAAAACCCACUUCAAAACUCAGCCUUUGCUACAGGGUUAAAGCUUCAUCAACUUCUAUGGCUACUCCAUCUGUCGGGGCAGCCGCCGUCACGGUCGUUCCAGCUAUUAUAGUCGGCGGCGGACGUGUCGGUCGGGCUUUGCAGGAUUUGGGUAAUGGUAAUGAUUUGCUGGUGAAAAGAGGCGAGCCUGUGCCGCAAGAUUUCCCUGGUCCCAUCUUGGUCUGUACUAGAAAUGACGAUCUUGAAUCUGUUCUUCAGUCCACUCCUCCUUCUCGAUGGAACGAUUUGGUUUUUUUCCAGAACGGAAUGCUGGAACCAUGGUUUCAAACUAAAGGCCUUGGAGAUGCAGACCAAGUUCUUGCAUACUUUGCCAUAUCCAAACUUGGAGAAACUCCCAUUGAUGGGAAAACAGAUACAAAUCCCGAGGGCUUGACAGCAUCUUACGGUAAAUGGGCGUCAGCUGUUGCGGCUAGACUCAAUUCUGGAGGCCUUUCUUGCAAGGUUCUUGACAAAGAAGCUUUCGAGAAGCAAAUGUUAGAGAAGCUAAUUUGGAUAUCAGCAUUUAUGCUUGUUGGAGCUCGGCAUCCAGGAGCAACUGUGGGUGUUGUUGAGAAGGAAUUCCGAUCUGAGGUUUGUAGUCUCAUUGCAGAGCUGGCAUCAGCUGCUGCGGCUGAGAAAGGUGUAACCUUUGACGAUCGAAUGGACGAGCGUUUAUGUGCAUAUUCACGAGCGGUGGCUCAUUUCCCAACUGCUGUCAAAGAGUUCAAAUGGAGAAAUGGUUGGUUUUAUUCACUUUCUGAGAAGGCAAUAGCUGAAGGGAAGCCUGAUCCAUCUCCAUUACACACAGCUUGGCUCAAAGAGAUUAAGGUAGUAUGAUGUGUGAGCUCAUGUAUGUGAUAUCUAAUUUCUCUUAUGUUUAUGUAAUUGUUUAAUAGUAAUGAUGAAUUUAUACUGUUUAUUAUAUCGUUUUUUUUUGUCACACAA